GCAGCUCCAGUAGGCUCUCAGCCUGUUGCUGCACGUCCUCCUCUCUUCCGUGAUAACAUGCUCUGCUGUCAGCCUCAGACCACUCCCUCUCAGUCUCGGAGGGAACGGAAGAGCAGUCAACUACUUUUCCUGUGCGGCUGUUUAAAGACUAUGUUCACAGCAGAGAAUGGCGGACGUCACAAUUGAGGAGCUGCAGUGUGAGCUUACCUGCCCGGUGUGUCUGGAGCUGUUCAGGGACCCGGUCAUCCUCGAGUGCGGACACCACUUCUGCCAGGUGUGCAUCCUUCAGUGCUGGGAAGUCAAGGCCGACGAGUUGUCGAGUUGCCCAAAGUGUAGAAAGUCUAGCGGCGGGAGACUGCGACCCAACUCGCUGCUGUGCAACGUGGUGGACAGUGUGCGCAGAGCCCGGUGCAUGGACACGGCCUCGGCGAUAACCGGGUGGGACUCAGGGGGUCCUCUGGAGGAGCCGGAGGAGCGGGAGCCGGGGUCCAGCAUGAGCAGCCUGGCCUCCUCCACCGGGCACUGGCCGCGCCUGGGUAUGGAUAUGUGCGAGGAGCAUGAGGAGAAGCUGAAGCUCUACUGUGAGGACGACCAGCUCCCCAUCUGCCUGGUUUGCGGCAUGUCCAGGGACCACAAGACCCACAAUGUCAUCCCCAUUACAGAGGCCUUUGAAAACUACAAGGGUAAGCUGUCGAUCGCUCUGGAGAGGGUUGAGCUGCAGACAGAGGAGGCCACGCUCUUCCAAAGCCAGACCAAUGAAAGGAUCCUCCUCAUUAAGGAGCGAGCAGGAGAUCUGGAGGAGAUGGUCACCGCAGAGUUUGGCCGUCUGAGGGAGUUCCUGCUUGAGGAGGAGGAGCGCAUAAAGGUGAAACUUCAGUGGCAAAAAGAGCAGAAACUCAAGCAGCUGGAGGAGGCGCUCACUGAGACCACAGAGCAAAUCAGCCAAAUGGAAAAUAUAGCCGACGAGCUUCGCCUCAAACUGACAGAAGAGGAAAACCCUGAGCAACUCAAGGGAAUCAAAGACUUCAUUGGAGGGGCUCAGAGCUUUUUUGAGCAGCCCCCAGAGGUGACUGUGGAUCUGCAGUCAGGAGAGUUCCUGGGACCUCUGCAGUACAGGACCUGGAGGAAAAUGAGCUCAAUUUUUCAGCCAGCUAUCACCGCUGUGACCCUUGACCCGAACACAGCUUACCCCCGCCUGUGGGUGUCCCCGUGUUGCACCAGCGUCGAGGUGGGGAGAAUCCAGACCAACCUGCCCAACAAUCCAGAGCGCUUCACCCGCUACAACAUCGUCCUGGGCUCUGAAGCCUUCUCCUCUGGGAGACACUACUGGGAGGUGGAGGUGGGCAACAAGACAGCGUGGGGUCUGGGCGUGGCCACCGCCUCCGUCAACAGGAAGGAGGAGAUCAGCCUCUGCCCAGAUGACGGCUUCUGGACCCUAGUGCUGAGGGACAACGGUGAUGGCAGCAGCGAGUACGAGGCAUGCACUGACUCAGAGGAGACCAUGAUAUAUCCCUCCAAACCCCCCAGCAGGGUGGGGGUCUAUCUGGACUAUAGUUCUGGUGACGUUGGGUUUUAUGAUGCAGGAAACAUGGCCCACCUCUUCACCUUCUAUGGUGCAACAUUCAAAGAGCCUGUUUUUCCGUACUUUAAUCCCUGGCCAAUUAUCAACGGAUACAACAGGGAGCCCCUCACCAUAGUUACACCACACUGGGGAUAGAUUCCCCCUUCAUCUCAGAACAGAUCCAGAAUAAAACUGCAGGACAAAGUUCAUCAGAUGUGGUGAUAAUGAACUUGGAAGUGACCCUGAAACAUGAGACUUUAAAUAGGAAGAUGAAACUACUAAAGAA